CUAGACUGUACAUUGACUUCUUGAACGAUGGAUGACCAAUCGAAUAGGCCACAUCGGCCUUCAAAGGAUAAGAAGAAGCAUACUGGAGACCGCAAUCCAAAAGCAUUUAGUUUUGCAAACCCAGGACGCCUGGCGAAAACCGCUGCUCGAUCGCAUGAUAUUAAAGAGAAGCGGCUUCAUGUUCCUCAAAUUGAUCGCAUACCAGAAGAACCCCCACCACGACUUGUUACUAUCGUCGGACCUCCAGGUGUAGGCAAGACGACGCUCCUCAAAUCUCUCGUCAAACGAUAUGCGAAAGAAACUUUGUCCGACCCACAGGGUCCUAUUACCGUCGUUACGUCCAAGAGACAACGACUUACGUUCGUGGAAUGUCCCAAUGAACUGGAGGCAAUGGUGGACAUGUCAAAGGUGGCAGAUAUUGUACUCUUGAUGAUUGAUGGAAACUUUGGAUUCGAAAUGGAGACAAUGGAAUUCCUGAAUAUCUUAGCCUCGAGCGGAAUGCCAGGCAAUGUAUUUGGCAUCCUCACACAUCUCGACCUUUUCCGGAAACCACAAACCCUCAAGGAUGCGAAGAAGCGGUUGAAGAACAGAUUUUGGAGCGAGCUAUACCAAGGCGCACAUUUAUUCUAUCUGUCAGGAGUGAUCAAUGGGAGGUACCCAGACCGCGAAAUCCACAACCUUUCGAGGUUUCUUUCAGUCAUGAAGAACCCACGACCUCUGAUCUGGCGGAAUUCGCAUCCCUACUCGAUCAUUGAUAGCUUUCGAGAUGUCACUCAUCCUACGAAGAUUGAAGAAGAUCCAAAAUGCGAUAGGACAGUUGUGCUGUCUGGGUAUUUACGAGGAACAAAUUUUGCAGCGCAGGGUCAAAGAGUGCAUAUACCAGGAUUGGGGGACUACACAGUCGCAGCUAUGGAGUCUCUGCCAGACCCAUGUCCGACACCGUAUAUGGACCAAGCUCUUGCAAAAGCUUCAGGAAAGACUGGCCGAAGACGGUUGGAUGAGAAGGAGAAGAAGCUUCACGCACCAAUGUCUGACAAGAGUGGUUUGAAGAUCGAUGGCGAUAUGAUUUGGAUUACCAGAGAGAAGGGAUUCAAUUUCGACAAAGACGCUGAAGAUGUAGAGCGUGGUGAAGGCGAGGAGCUGAUUGUUAGUCUACAGAAUGAAAGGAAGCUUCUGGGUGAAGCAGUCGAGGGUGUCCAGCUGUUUAGUAAUGGAGAUGCUAUAACGAGUGUGGCAGAGGAAGAUUCAGGUCGAAAGCAGCCACGUUCUGCUCGCUUUGUCGAACGAGACGAAGAGUCUGACGAAGAGCCUAAUGAUGAAGGAUUUGUCAGUGGUGAUGAGUAUGAUUCGGCAGAGGAAAUUGAGCUCACGGACGACAAGCUUGGAAGAGCGUUCCGGAAGUCCGAUGAUCCAGCGGGCGGAGAUAUUGCAUUUGCAGACAGUGAUUCGGAUCUUGGUUCUAUCUCCGGAGAAGAGGAAGAGGCCGAAUCUUCCGACGAAGACGGUGACACUCGGUGGAAAGAGAACAUGCUGAAGACGGCACAGCAACUCCAGGGCAAGCGAAGAUCAUACAGAACCGCAGACCUCGCGAAAUUGAUGUACGAUGAGUCUCUCACAGCCAGUGAAGUCUUGAAAAGAUGGCGAGGAGAGGUAGAGGAAGCCGAGGAUAUCGAGGAAGAUUCGGAUGACGAGGCCUUCUUCAAGAAAUCAGGACGAGAGACAGCAGAUGAAAAGUUCGAGGAUCGUGCGAUCCCAUUCUUGGAUUAUGAUGCCCUGGAAGCUAAAUGGUCUGUGGAUGAUAACAUUGAAGCAUUGAGGCAACGGUUUGCGACUGCGGAUUUGUUGGGCGAAAAGAAGGCAGACCAGAGCGGCAGUGAUGAUGGCGAGGGAGAGGACUCCGAUGAGGGAGAUGGAGCAUUUGAGGAUCUCGAGACUGGUGAAGGACAUAAGCAUGAUGAUCUUGAGGCCGAGCGUGCAAAAAAUGCCAAACGGAAGGAGGAAUUGAAGAUGCGCUUCGAGGAAGAGGAUCGAGAUGGCUUCAAUAACGACAAAGCUAAAGCUCGGCAGGAGACUGGAGAGGAUGAAGAGUUUGGCGAAGAUGAUUGGUAUGAUGCCCAGAAAGCACGGAUCCAGAAACAGCUGGAUAUCAACAAAGCAGAGUUUGAGCUGCUGGAAGAUAGUCAGCGUGUCAAUGUUGAAGGGUUUCGAGCUGGGAUGUACGCCAAGAUUGUCAUCGAAGGGGCUGCUUCUGAAUUUGUUACCAGAUUCAGUCCACGGAUGCCAAUCAUCGUCGGUGGCCUAUCCGCUACAGAGGAUCGCUUUGGGUUCGUUCAAGUCAGGAUCAAGCGUCAUCGAUGGCACAAGAAGAUCCUCAAGACGAAUGAUCCAUUGAUCUUCUCAAUGGGCUGGAGGAGAUUUCAGACAAUGCCCGUUUACAGCAUUUCAGAUUCUCGAGUACGAAACAGAAUGCUUAAAUACACCCCUGAGCACAUGCACUGCUUUGGAACAUUCUACGGACCUCUGAUUGCACCAAACAGUGGAUUCUCAUGUUACCAAUCUUUCUCAUCCAAGAACCCAGGUUUUCGAAUCGCUGCUACCGGGACAGUUUUGAAUGUGGACGAAGCAACUGAGAUUGUGAAGAAACUCAAGUUGACUGGUGCGCCGUACAAGAUCUUCAAGAACACUGCAUUCAUCAGAGAUAUGUUCACCACUGCUGUUGAGAUUGCCAAAUUUGAAGGAGCUUCCAUCAAGACCGUCUCUGGCGUUCGUGGACAGAUCAAGAAAGCACUCAGCAAACCUGAAGGCUAUUUCCGAGCAACUUUCGAGGACAAGAUUCUUAUGAGCGAUAUUGUGUUCCUCCGUGCAUGGUACCCAGUUAAACCUCACCGCUUCUACAAUCCUGUGAUGAACUUGAUUGGUUGGGAAGGGAUGCGAUUGACUGGUGAAGUCCGUCGUGACGAAGGUCUUCCCACUCCGCAGCAGAAGAACAGUCAAUACAAACCCGUGGAGAGAGCAACGAGACAUUUCAAUCCUCUGCGUGUCCCGCGAGCACUUGCUGCUGAGUUACCAUUCAAAUCGCAGAUCGUUCAAACGAAGAAACAGUCCAAGGAGACUUACAUGCGGAAGCGUGCUGUUGUGCUUGGUGGCGAAGAGAAGAAGGCUAGGGAUUUGAUGCAGAAGGUCAUGACUUUGAGGAAUGAGAAGGUUGCUAAGAGGCGGGUAGCAAAGGAAGAGAAGAGAAAGGAAUACAGAAAGAAAGUUGAGGAGAAUGCUGAGAAGAGAGGAGAGAGGGAGAAGAAAGAGAAGCAAGAAUAUUGGAGGAAAGAGGGGAAGAAGAGGAGAGCAGAAACUGAUGGAGAAGGAGGUGGUAAAAGACGAAGAUGAUCAUGUUGAAGGCGUUCGAGGUAGCAUUGCGUGGUGUACUGAACGAAU